UAGUCUUCCUGGACUGGUACUGGCACCGUUCCCGUCCAGGGCUGGUGCAAAGGCCCGGGGAUCCGGGGACUCGAACACGCGCGGGCCCAGGGCGGCAGGGGAGGAGCCGGCGGUGACGCUGCUGGGUGUCCGGAGUCCCGAGUGUGUUCGCUGUCCCAGUUGCUCACCCCCAGCUCUAGAUCUUGGACAUUUCCGCGCUCCUCCCCCAGCUACCUAAGUCCUGCGUUUGAAGGAAGGCCCCUCACAGAAAACAUUCUCCUCGCCGACUACCUCACGCCCAAGCCCCUCAGAGCUCUACCAAGACCUCCCUGGGAUCUGUCAGCGACUUUUGAGUUGCCAGAGGCCUGGGGCAUUGCAUCUUAACUUGCUGACUCAGAGGUGCUGGUCAUUAUGGGAAAUCAACUUGCUGGCAUUGCUCCUUCCCAGAUUCUCUCUGUCGAGAGUUAUUUCUCAGAUAUCCAUGACUUUGAAUAUGAUAAGAGCCUGGGAAGUACUCGGUUUUUUAAAGUUGCUCGAGCAAAGCACCGGGAAGGCCUGGUGGUUGUGAAGGUCUUUGCAAUUCAAGACCCCACGUUGCCUUUGACUAGUUAUAAACAAGAGCUGGAGGAACUGAAAAUCAGGCUUCAUUCUGCACAGAACUGCCUACCUUUCCAGAAAGCAGCAGAGAAAGCAUCCGAGAAAGCAGCCAUGCUGUUUAGGCAGUAUGUGAGAGACAACCUCUACGAUCGAAUCAGUACCCGUCCGUUUUUAAACAACAUCGAGAAGCGCUGGAUCGCCUUCCAGAUCCUGACAGCUGUGGACCAAGCGCACAAAUCUGGAGUCCGACAUGGGGACAUCAAGACCGAGAACGUGAUGGUCACCAGUUGGAACUGGGUGCUUCUAACUGAUUUUGCCAGUUUUAAGCCAACUUAUCUUCCGGAGGACAAUCCAGCAGAUUUCAACUAUUUCUUUGACACGUCACGCAGGAGGACUUGCUAUAUAGCUCCUGAACGUUUCGUGGAUGGUGGUAUGUUUGCCACCGAGCUGGAGUAUAUGAGAGAUCCCUCCACUCCACUGGUAGACCUAAAUAGCAAUCAGAGAACUCGGGGAGAGUUGAAGAGAGCCAUGGACAUCUUCUCAGCAGGUUGUGUGAUAGCGGAGCUUUUCACGGAAGGUGUACCAUUGUUUGACCUCUCUCAACUAUUGGCAUAUAGAAAUGGACAUUUUUUCCCUGAGCAAGUGCUAAAUAAAAUUGAAGAUCACAGUAUCAGAGAAUUGGUAACUCAGAUGAUCCAUCGUGAGCCAGAAAAGCGUUUGGAGGCUGAGGAUUACUUGAAGCAGCAGCGUGGCAAUGCUUUCCCUGAGAUAUUUUACACUUUCCUUCAGCCUUACAUGGCUCAGUUUGCCAAGGAAACUUUCCUCUCUGCAGAUGAGCGGAUUUUGGUUAUACGGAAGGAUUUGGGCAAUAUUAUUCACAAUCUUUGUGGACACGAUUUGCCAGAAAAAGCAGAAGGGGAACCCAAGGAAAGUGGGCUGGUUGUCCUGGUGUCUGUCAUAACAUCCUGCCUGCAGACGCUGAAGUCCUGUGACUCCAAACUGGCUGCCUUGGAGCUCAUUCUCCAUUUGGCCCCGAAGCUGAGCGUAGAGAUCCUUCUGGACCGCAUUACUCCGUACUUGUUGCAUUUCAGCAAUGACUCUGUUCCCAGAGUGAGGGCAGAAGCCCUGAGGACGCUCACCAAAGUUCUUGCCCUUGUCAAAGAGGUUCCUCGUAAUGAUGUCAAUAUCUAUCCAGAGUACAUUCUCCCAGGCAUAGCUCACCUGGCCCAAGAUGAUGCUACUAUCGUCAGACUGGCCUAUGCUGAAAACAUCGCCCUAUUGGCUGAAACAGCUCUGCGCUUCCUGGAGCUAGUGCAGCUAAAAACUCUCAACAUGGAGAACGACCCGGAUAGUGAAGAGGUAGACGAAGCCACGCAUCCAAAUGGAGACUACGACACAGAGCUCCAAGCCUUACAUGAAAUGGUUCAGCAGAAAGUUGUCACUUUGUUAAGCGACCCUGAAAAUAUCGUGAAACAAACUUUAAUGGAAAAUGGAAUCACACGUUUGUGUGUCUUCUUCGGACGUCAGAAAGCUAAUGAUGUUUUGCUGUCCCACAUGAUCACCUUCCUAAAUGAUAAGAAUGAUUGGCACCUGCGUGGAGCUUUCUUUGACAGUAUAGUUGGUGUUGCCGCCUACGUUGGCUGGCAGAGCUCCUCCAUCCUCAAACCCCUGCUCCAGCAAGGCCUCAGUGAUGCUGAGGAGUUUGUCAUUGGGAAAGCUCUCAAUGCCCUGACCUGCAUGUGCCAGUUAGGGCUGCUGCAGAAACCUCAUGUCUAUGAAUUCGCCAGUGAUAUUGCCCCCUUCCUGUGUCAUCCUAAUCUGUGGAUACGCUAUGGUGCAGUGGGAUUUAUCACAGUGGUAGCUCAUCAAAUAAGUACUGCUGAUGUCUACUGCAAGCUGAUGCCUUAUCUUGACCCAUAUAUUACUCAACCAGUAAUACAGAUUGAAAGGAAGCUUGUCCUGCUCAGUGUUCUAAAAGAGCCCGUGAGUCGCUCUAUAUUUGAUUAUGCUCUGAGGUCUAAGGACAUCACUAGCUUGUUCAGACAUCUUCACAUGCGUCAGAAGAAGCGACAUGGCUCUCUUCUCGACUGCCCUCCACCUGAGGACCCCGCCAUAGCGCAGCUUCUGAAGAAACUGCUUUCACAGGGAAUGACCGAAGAAGAGGAAGAUAAACUUCUGGCACUAAAGGACUUCAUGAUGAAAUCCAACAGAGCGAAAGCUAAUGCAGUGGACCAGAGCCAUCUCCAUGACAGCAGCCAGAAAGGUGUAAUCGACUUGGCAGCCUUAGGCAUCACUGGGAGACAGGUCGAUCUUGUGAAAACCAAACAAGAACCAGAUGAGAAACGAGCUAGAAAACAUGUAAAACAAGACUCCAAUGUAAAUGAAGAAUGGAAAAGCAUGUUUGGGUCACUGGAACCACCGAAUAUACCACAGGCCCUGCCUAAAACCAGUGACCACGAGGUGGUUCAGACUGGGAAGCCACCUCGCUCUGAGUCCUCUGCUGCUGUUUGUGUCCCCUUGUCAACUUCUCCACAGGUUUCAGAAGUAACACACAUCCCCAGUAAGAAGCCGGUGAUUCAGGUUUUAAGUAGCACAGUCCUGCCGUCCACUUACCAGAUCCGGAUCACGACUUGCAAGACUGAACUUCAGCAGCUCAUACAGCAGAAGCGUGAGCAGUGCAAUGCCGAGCGCAUAGCCAAGCAGAUGAUGGAGAACGCUGAGUGGGAGAGCAAGCCACCGCCUCCCGGGUGGCGUCCUAAAGGUCUACUAGUUGCACAUCUUCACGAGCACAAAUCUGCUGUAAAUCGAAUUAGGGUCUCUGAUGAGCACCUACUUUUUGCAACAUGUUCAAAUGACGGCACAGUGAAAAUCUGGAACAGUCAGAAGAUGGAGGGGAAGACUACCACGACAAGGUCUAUUCUUACAUACAGCCGAAUUGGAGGGCGAGUCAAGACGCUAACAUUUUGCCAAGGUUCCCACUACUUGGCCAUUGCGUCUGAUAAUGGUGCUGUCCAACUUCUUGGAAUUGAGGCUUCUAAGUUACCCAAGUCUCCUAAAAUCCACCCUCUACAAAGCAGGAUUCUGGAUCAGAAGGAAGAUGGAUGUGUGGUGGACAUGCAUCACUUCAACUCUGGGGCACAGUCUGUUCUUGCCUAUGCCACGGUGAAUGGGUCUCUGGUUGGCUGGGACCUCAGGUCUUCAAGCAAUGCAUGGACAUUAAAGCAUGACUUAAAGUCAGGUCUCAUCACUUCCUUUGCUGUGGACAUCCACCAGUGCUGGCUCUGCAUAGGCACGAGCAGCGGUACCAUGGCGUGUUGGGACAUGAGGUUCCAGUUGCCGAUUUCCAGUCACUGUCAUCCCUCCAGAGCUCGCAUCCGGCGCCUCUCCAUGCACCCCUUGUCCCAGUCCUGGGUGAUCGCAGCUGUUCAGGGCAACAAUGAGGUCUCCAUGUGGGACAUGGAGACUGGGGACAGGAGACUGACUCUCUGGGCCAGCAGUGCACCACCACUUUCCGAAUUACAGCCUUCGCCUCACAGUGUUCAUGGCAUCUACUGCAGUCCUGCAGAUGGAAAUCCUAUCCUGUUAACAGCUGGCUCAGACAUGAAAAUAAGGUGCAGUGUCUCAGAGAAUGCUUCGGGUUUAAAACAUGAAAGGAUGCUUCAGUUUAUAAGAGGUUGUUCUAGGUUCUGGGACUUGGUUUCCCCAGAAAGGUCCUAUGUUGUAGCAGGAAGUACUAGUUCUCCAUCUGUGUCCUACUACAGGAAGAUAAUAGAAGGCACUGAAGUCGUCCAGGAAAUUCAGAAUAAGCAGAAGGUAGGACCAAGUGAUGACACCCCUCGAAGGGGCCCAGAGUCUCUUCCUGUGGGACAUCAUGACAUCAUCACAGAUAUUGCCACCUUCCAGACAACUCAGGGCUUCAUCGUGACUGCUUCUAGAGACGGGAUUGUGAAGGUGUGGAAAUAAAUCCUUCUGAUGUGUAUAAAAUGUAAAAAUUCUAAAUGUACCAUAAUUCAAGAAAAGAAAAAAAGGAUUUCUAGAGAACAUGGUUUUGACAUGUCUGUAUUACUGUUUCAUGGCUAAACAAAUCCCAGCCACAGUGGUUAAGGAUGACAUGGUGAGUUUAUUCAUGUGCAUUUCUGAAGAGUUGGCCAGAGUACAAUCUGGAAGUCCUCACUGUAUAUGGAACAGGUGAGAAGUGUAAAAAGUGAAGAUGACUAUGAUGUCAGUUUAUUUUGUAUGGAAAAUAAUUGUAAGCUAUUAUGUAAACACUUUUGUUAUUAUAAAUGCUGUUCAAACUGCAAGUAAAGCUAUUCAAGCUUC